UGCGACUCGCGUCGCCGUGCGCCGUUUGCCCUUCGGUCCGGGUGGUAGUCCCGGCCGCCCCGCGCCAUGUGGCUCCUCGGCUGGUGGCAGGUACUGCUGUGGGUGCUGGGGCCUCCCGCCCGAGGCCAGGAGGUUGCAGAGGGAAGUGGUCACAUAUGGUCAAGGGAGCAGUCUGCCACCCAGAUCGGGGCUGUGUACAUGAGUGAAGAAGAGCCUUCACAUGGCCCAAGAGGUCCAGAUACAUCAGCAGGAGAGGCCAAUGCAGUGCUGGGGCUGGACACUGAAGGUGACCAGAUGGUGAUGCUGUCUGUGAUUCCUGGGGAAGCUGAAGACAAACUGAGCUUAGAGGCCAGUGGUGGUACCUGUGGGGCUGGAGGGAACGAAGACUCACGGUGCGACCUCCGGGAGAGCCUCUUUUCUCUGGAGAGUGCUGGAGCCAACAUCCCGGACAGAGAAGAGGAGGAUUACACCGAGCCAGAAGCGAUGGAAGCCGACCCAGCCCCCAUUGAGGAUUCCAAUCACACUGAUAGUCAGAAAUCCCCCAAGGUCAUCUGCGAAGAGAGAAACAUCACUGGGCUAGAAAAUUUCACCCUGAAAAUUUUAAAUAUGUCACAGGACCUUAUGGAUUUUCUAAACCCCAACGGUAGUGAUUGCACGCUCGUCCUGUUUUACACCCCUUGGUGCCAAUUUUCUGCCAAUUUGGCCCCUCAUUUUAAUUCUCUGCCCCGGGCAUUUCCAGGUCUUCAUUUUUUGGCACUGGAUGCAUCUCAGCAUAGCAGCCUUUCUACCAGGUUCGGCACUGUAGCUGUUCCUAACAUCUUGUUAUUUCAAGGAGCUAAACCAAUGGCUCGAUUUAAUCAUACAGACCGAACAUUGGAAACACUGAAAAUUUUCAUUUUUAACCAGACAGGUAUAGAAUCCAAGAAAAAUGUGGUGGUAACUCAAGCCGACCAAAUAGGCCCUCUUCCCAGCGCUUUGAUAAAAAGUGUGGACUGGUUGCUUGUAUUUUCCUUAUUCUUUUUAAUUAGUUUUAUUAUGUAUGCUACCAUUCGAACUGAGAGCAUUCGGUGGCUAAUUCCAGGACAGGAGCAGGAACAUGCAGAGUAAGAUGGACUGAAGGAAGUUGGAAAGAGGAAUCUCAAUCCUUCAUUUCAGAAAUUAAUGCUGUGGUUUCAUGUAUUUUCUCCAGUGAAGAGUUGACUUACAUCUUAAAGAAUCAUGUGUUUGUUGAACUGUUGAAU